CCAUCACAAGUCUUCCCAUCAAGCACUCAACCGUCUCCCACACCAAACUCCACCAGAGCGUUUUACCCCUCAACCCGAUGCAAAGACUCCUCUCAUCCAUCUCCCGAGCCCUCUCCAAGCCCCGCCCUCUCACAACAACAACCACCCCCCUCACCAAACCCACCACCCCCCGCCCCUUCACCACCACCACCACCGCCAAAAUGGGCAGCACCACCGCCAACGCCGACAGCUUCCUGUCCCAAAUCGCCGCCCGCCGCAGCUUCUACCCCUUAAACAAAACCCUCCCGAUCCCCACCACCCGCGUGCAGAGCAUCAUCGGCGAGGCGCUGCAGCAGGUGCCGAGCAGCUUCAACUCGCAGUCGAACCGGGUGGUGGUGCUGCUGGGCGCCGAGCAUGACAAGUUCUGGGACGCGACGCGGGACAUCCUCCAGGCGAUCGUGCCCGAGGGCGCGGCGUGGGAGGCGACGGCGGGCAAGAUGGCCAUGUUCCGGGGCGCGGCGGGGACGGCGCUCUUCUUUGAGGACCAGGAGGUCGUGCAGGGGAUGCAGGCCAAGUUUGCGACUUAUGCGGAUCGGUUCCCCAUCUGGGCUGGCCACUCCAGUGGUAUGCUGCAGUUUGCUGUGUGGACGGCGCUCGAGGCCGAGGGGCUCGGUGCCAACCUACAGCACUACAACCCGCUCGUCGACGCCAAGGUCGCCGAGGAGUGGAAUGUCCCUGCUACGUGGAAGUUGAGCGCGCAGCUUGUCUUCGGUGGUAAGACCUCGCCCGCCGGCGAGAAAACCUUCACUCCGCUGGAAGAUAAGCUCAAGGUCUAUGGCGCUUAAGGGGCAAGGAUUUCCUAGGGGGAUAGAUGAUACCACGGCGGGGCGUUAGAAGCAAGCAUGAUCUAGAGGUUAUUUCGCCCGUCUUUUUAAGACGUUCAUAGAGACAUAAACAGCAGAGA